GCUGAACAAGCUGCUAAUGAAGCUCGUGAGAUUUACGAAUCUUUGAAUACUCAGCUAGUUAAUGAAUUACCUAGAUUAAUAGAUCUUCGAGUACCAUAUUUUAACCCUACAUUUGAAGCAUUGGUGAAAAUACAACUCAGAUUUUGUCAAGAAAGUUAUGAAGGAUUGAAUAGUUUGCAAGAACAAUUUUCUGAUAACGAUCAAGUUGACAAUAAGGUUGAAGCCGUUUUACAAAAAAUGAGAGAUCUGGCUAUUUGUGGAAUGGGAUAA